ACGUGCAGGCUGCUUGUCAGGAUGCUGGUGUCACGCAGGAGCUUCUGAAAGAGGGGCUGCACAGGGACCUGCUGGUGAAGGUGGAGCUGGGAGUAGUGGGGGAGGAUGCAGGAGGGUGUGCUGUGGCAGCUAGAACUCGUCUUCCACGAGGAAUCUACGUGGAUCCCUACGAGCUGGCGUCGCUGCAGCAGCACAACUCCACCAAGGCAGUGUUAAUUCCUGAUGUCGUUGAUGUGGAGGCUCCUGAAUACUUGGCCACAGAUCUUCUGGUUCUCCUGUACCUGGAGCCUGACCCUUGGUGCUCUCACUGCUUCAGAGGGGUCUUACCUGUGCAUGGGCGAUACCACCGGCCAGCAGAAGACAGGGAGGAAGCACUGGUGGUUCUGAAGAGCCCAGAAGUGCUGGUCUGCUGCUGUGACAGUCAGCUGUCAGAGUGUUGGAAGCCUGCUGAAGUGGCAGCUCCCUGCUCAGGCAAGACUAAGGACUCCUGUCAGUGGUACAGUGUAACACACAAGCCUGCUCAGGAGGAGUUGAUUCUGCAGGUUCCAGUGGGGCUCAGGCAACACAGUGCCUUAGUGUGUGUCGUGACCCUCCUUGCCACAGUGCUCUGCUCCAGCCUGAUCCUAGGAGCUGUGUGCAGCUAUGGGUGCUUCUCCCCAGGGACCUCCUCAGAACAAAGACAACCAGGAUGA